UGCCAAACUGAAAGGGAGUUUUCCUCCAUCUCUGUCGCUGAGGGAAGCGGUCAUUAGGGGCCAUGAGUUGUUGCUGGGGCUACCGUCAUUGUAUCCCUCCGACGCGGAACACUUAAAAUGGGGUCUAUGUUACCAGCUACCAUGGCCGCCAAGCGGCAAGCCAUGCUCUAAUCGCCUAGGCAACAACCUUUCUGUGACCUACGACUUCCUGUCUCUACUUCCUGCUCUGGCCACACCCCUUCCUUACCUGUCGCCCAACCUGAUUUCAAACUUGCCUGCUUCCUUUCCUAAUAUUCUCCCCUUUCUCUUGUUUUCUUAAUAAGAUAACCCCUCCUAUCCUCCCUUCCUCCCUAACCAUGGCCAACAGGUUUCUCCACCUCCCCUCCAUCCCGCUCUCCCUAUCCCUCUCACCAUCCAUCUUCCUCUACCUUCUCCCCCCAUUACUUCUUCUCCUCCACCUCCCUGUGUCCGUCCGGGGGGACUGCUGGCUGAUCGAGGGGGAUAAAGGCUACGUGUGGCUGGCCAUCUGCAGUCAGAACCAGCCCCCGUACGAGACUAUCCCCCAGCACAUCAACAAUACGGUCCAUGACCUGAGGCUGAAUGAGAACAAGCUGAAAGCAGUGCUAUUCCACUCCAUGUAUCGCUUCACCAACCUGACAGACCUCAACCUCACCAAGAACGAGAUCUCUUACAUAGAGGACGGGGCCUUUACCCAUCAGGCCAACCUGCAGGUCCUCCAGUUGGGUUACAACAAGCUGACCAACCUGACAGAGGGGGUGAUGCGAGGCCUGGGCCGCUUGCAGUGCCUCUUCCUCCAGCACAACCUCAUCGAGGUCAUUGACAACAAAGCAUUCGAGGAGUCCAGCUCCAGCCUCAGCAGCAUCGACCUCUCGUCCAAUAAGCUGGCCCGGAUCGAUCCGUCAACGUUCACCGUGCUAAACCGGUUAAUGGUCUGCGAGCUGGCAGGAAAUCCUUUCCAUUGUGGAUGUGAUCUGUAUAGUUUUCUUACUUGGUUGGAGGCAUUUAAUAACGUGACACAUACAUACGACAGGCUGCAGUGCGAGACCCCCGGCGAGCUGUUUCUCUACCCGCUCCUGAGCCCCGUGGCCGGGCACGGGCGCAGCGCUCGCACCAUGCUCGCCACCAUCUGUCGCGAUGGCAUGAUCAUACCCGGGAUCACGUCUCAACCCGGCACCGACUGGGAGGGCUCCGGGAUGGGCCCGGAGAUGGACGGCCGGGCCGGACCGUAUCAUCAGCCGACAGCGUCGUCCACGGCUGACCCCAACUUCAACCCCAGCAUCAAACUCCAAUGGGUCACUCUGUCUGCAGCCAAGCUGUUGGUCCAGAUCCCUAAACCAUACAGCAAGAUGUACGUCCUGGUUCAAUACAACCAGAGCUUCGUCUCGGACAUCCAGAACCUCAAGGAGAAGAAGGAGAAGGUGACGUUGGUGGACCUCAAACCUCACACCAACUACACCUACUGCGUAGUGUCUAUAAGUAAAAACCAGCGCAACAACCACACGUGCAUCUUCUUCGCCACGCGAGAGGCUGGCCCUGACGACCACCACGCCAACCCAUCAACCAUGACGCAUUACAUCAUAACGAUUCUGGGGUGUCUGCUGGGGAUGGUGAUCGUGCUCGGGCUCGUCUACUACUGCCUGAGGAAGCGUCGGAUGCAGGAGGAGAAGGAGAAGGCGAUCAGCGUGAAGAAGACCAUCUUGGAGAUGCGGUAUGGACCGGAGGCUGCAGCACAGGCAGCUAACGACCCGGCAGCCAUGCAGCAUCUCCAGGAACAGGCCCAGAACCAGGGGCACCACGGAGGUCACCUCCACGGAGGAGGGGGUGGCGGGGGUAAUAAACUUCCCCCCUCCACCUCCUCCAGCUCCGGCAUGCUCCACGGUUCGGCCAACACCACCUCCUCCCGCCUCUCGACGCUCCCCCAAGUGGAGAAGAUGGCCACAGCGUUCGGUGAAGCCAUGGCAACCAAUAAAGGGAAUUAUAUGGACGUGAGGACUGGGGCAGGAUUAUCGGGAGACGGGGGAGGAUUAUUACUGGCAGGGGGAGGAGGAGGAGGGGGAGAGGCGAUACUGGUGGAUAUGCGAGGCAUCAACGGUUGCAGUGAAGACGGAAUGGACGUUGGGAAUGAUUCGGAUGACGACGGGCACGGAUCUGCGUCGGAGAUCUCGACGAUCGCCAUGGAGGUCGACAAAGUCAACCAGAUUAUCAACAACUGUAUCGACGCGCUCAAGCUCGACUCCCUUGUUGCCACGACAACAUCUGGCGACAACCCUACUUCUCCUCCACCUGCUUGUAUCAACUCCCUCGCUCGGAACCUCAUCCCCCUCUCCCAAGGCCUCGCUGACACCUGCCAGAUGCUCGCCUCCUCUCCCAAAAUCCAUGCCCCUCCCGCGAUGACCCCCGUUCCCCUCGUCAUGCCCCUCUCGGAGCGUCCCGGAAUCAGCGGAGGGGGGUUUCUCUCGCCACCCUACAGGGACCCACCACCGGCGAACGCCGUACGACCCUUACAGAGGCAGCUGAGCGAUACAGGUGUGGUGGUCAUGGGUGCUGGGAAGAACCGAUGUAGCGUGUCCUUGGCUGGAGGAUCCAUGAAGAGCACCAGGGUCUUCAGUCUGGAUGUCCCGGAGCCCCGCAGCCCGGGGCCCAACUCCUGCCCUCCAUACCCAGAGAAGGGGAGCCCUGUUGGGUGUGGGGAAACCAUGGAGAGGCUCCCUCUUGUGGGUGGAAAUGGUAGUGGUUGUGGUAGUGGUGGUGAUGGAAACGGGAUGGGUUGUGGUGGUGGGAACGGAAUGGGAGGAGGGGUUAAUGAAGGUGGGGUGAAUGUCAAUGGAGGUGGGGUGGGUUGCGGAGGGGGAGGAAGAGGAGGGGGAGGCCCGGGAAAGCAGCAGCAGCAUCAUCAUCUGGAGGUACAUCCAGACUACCACUGUUCUGAGCACAGGCACUCCUUCCCCGCCCUCUACUAUGAGGGAGCCAACGACUCCCCCUCUCCCUCCCCAUCCCAGAAGGCCUCCUUCCUCAAACCCCUGGGACGUACCAAAAGGGACCCUGCCGCCUACUCCCAGCUUUCCCCUUCCCGGCACCACAACUACUCCGGCUACUCCUCCAGCCCCGAAUAUUCCUCGGAAAACACCCUUCGAAUCUGGGAGAGGUUCCGGCCACACAAGAAAGGCCCUCGCGACCCUCGCGAAGAGGCGACGUAUAUCGCUGCAGGCCACGCCUUGAGGAAGAAGGUUCAGUUUGCGAAAGACGAGGACCUCCAUGAUAUCCUCGACUACUGGAAGGGGGUGUCGGCCCAGCAGAAGCUGUGAGAGAUAAGGAAGAGGUGUAACCUAGAGGAUGGCAUACAGAAGGAGAAGACAGUGAUGUCAUAAUUCUCCCAGACAGUGAAUGGACCUGAAUGACACAACUACAACUGUUGGCUCCCAUGUGUACUUCCUGGUCUCUUUUAUGACAUCAUCUGUCUUCUCAUUCUUUAACUUAUCCUAGGGUGUUACAACAGCAGACUCUGACAGGGGAUGAGGAGGAUAGUAGUGGAAGUUAUGGGGGAGACAUUAUGUAGUAGUAGUAGUAGCAUGACACGGGGUAUUGUUUUUUUUCUACAGUUCCACAAUGGAACUACAGGGGUUCCACAAUUCUACAAGUCGUUCCACAGAAAUUCCACUGUUCCAUUGCGGGUUCCAUCAUGGUUCCACAAGAGUUCCACAGUUUUACAAUGGUUCUACAGAGGUUCCAAAGUUCCAUAAAGGGUUCUAUAAUGUCUCUGUAACAGUUCCGUAGGGGUUCUAUAGGGGUUCUAGAAGUUUCAAAGUUCUACAUGGAGUUCCAUAAUGGUUCCACACCGAGCUUCUAAGUGGUUCCACAUUCUCUUUUUUUCCAGGUUUGGGUAAACAAAAAAACAACAAUAUAUCAGAUUUCCUUUUGCCUGGCACUUUGGUCCUUUCAGACUACCAUAGAAAGACAGAGCCAGGGUAAUGAGGACUCAGUAAUGACUGCAGAGUCUUGUCACUAGCAGGUGUCCUAAGACUCAUUACAACAUAUCUCCCAACAACAAGCAGCAUUACUCGGCUUAAACCCUGGUCCCUUAAACAGCACAGCUCAUAAUCCCAUCAACAUUCAAUUCAUUCACUAAACACUGGAUGCAUCCCAAGUGGCACCCUAUUCCCUGUUUUCUGCACUACUUUUGACAAGGGACCACAGGGUUCCCAUAGAGUCCUGGUCAAAAGUAGUGAACUAUAUAGGGAAUAGGGUGCCAUUUGGGACGCAGAGUCAUUUCACUCUGCAGCCCACCACCUGCCUCCCUAACAGCGCCAUUUAGAGAGAUAAUUGAAAGGGGAUGAGGAAUUAGCAGUGUUUGCCUCAAUCUCAUCUUCUUCCUUCGGAGGAGGGGGGAGAGAGGAGGGAGGAUGAGGAUGAGGGGAGAAG